GCUGAUCGGUUUACGACAUUGCCAGUUAAGUUGCCAUGCCUGUGUUUGAACGUAAAGCAAUUCGUCCGACCUGCAAGUGGAGUGACUAUUGAAGGCCUAGCUAAGCCUAAUAUACAUUUGUAGACGAUGAAAGGAGGAAUAUCACAACGCACAUUGAACUUAUAGACAGUAUUGUUAAGUCGUUUUCAUGAUGAUCAUAGAAAAUGUGGAAGCUUUGAAAUCUUGGCUGGCAAAACUCCUGGAGCCAAUAUGUGAGGCCGACCCCUCUGCUUUAGCCAACUAUGUUGUGGCUUUGGUAAAGAAGGACAAACCUGAGAAAGAGUUGAAAGCACUUUGUGCAGAUCAACUGGAUGUCUUUUUACAAAAAGAAACUACUGGUUUUGUUGAUAAGCUCUUUGAAUGUUUGACCACCAAAAACUACUUGGGGAAUCCACCUCCUAAGGAAGUUCCCAAAGAGGAGCCCAAACUCCCUGUGCUAAAACAGGAGCCUGUGGAGGCUGAAAAUCUAGAAGAGGAUAGGGGGGAUAACAGGAGGCGGAGGAGUCCACUGAGAAACCGCUCUGACUUAAAUGAAUCAAGGGGACGUGGUGACCGCAGACGAGACGACCGCAAGCGGCGUGACAUGGACCGCCACGGUAAAAGCACCGAUUCCCACCGGGAGAGGCAUGACCGGCACGGAGGCAACUCUCGUGGGCGCAGCUACAGUCGCAGCAGGAGCCGAAGUGGGAGCCGAGGCAAGAGCAGGGACAAGGAGCACAGCCGAGGGAGAGAUUACAGGUCAAAGUUUGAAGUGGAGAGAAAGGAGCCAGAGAGUUUCAACUCCACCUCUGGGUCCCUGGUAACCCAACAGCACCCUCCGCCCCUCCUACCUACCCCCCAGCAGCACCCAUUUCCCUCCUCCGGGGGCCAAGCAGUCCCAAACUCUGUUACCGUGGUAGCACCCGCUCACCUGCCCGACAGCACUACAGAGAGCUGGUCUAAUUACUACUCUAAUCACAGGGAGGGCAAGCCGUUCAACAAGGGCACUUCAGUCAAGCACCGCUGCCGUGACUAUGACGAAAAAGGUUUCUGUGUUCGUGGUGACCUCUGUCCCUUUGACCACGGCAAUGAUCCUCUGAUCGUGGACGACGUCACGCUGCCCGCCAUGAUUCCGUUUCCUCCACCUGGCAUGCCUCCACCGGCUCGCAUGGCCAUGCCCCCCCACGGCCAGCCACCCCCGGCCAUCAGGAUGCCAAUGCCCCCCCAUGGCCAGCCGCCCCCACCGGGCAUCUUCCCUAUGCCCCCUCCUGGGCCCCCAUUGAUACCAACAAGUGGGAUAGAAACUCCCAACCACUCAGGGACGAGUUCUGCGUCCUCUCUAGGACCGCCUGGAGUGGGACCUCCUCCUCUUCCUCCACCACCACCACCUCCCUCUUCUGUCUCUCUACACCCCCAAUAUUCUCAGUCAGAAUAUAAUUAUGACCCAGAGGGUUACAACCCAGAGUCUCCAGGCAUGACAGCAGCCGGCCGGCCCCAGUACAGGCAGUUCAUCCCCUGCAUCCAGACCCAGAGGCCCAACCUGAUCGGCCUCACCUCCGGGGAUGGCCAGGGAUCCAGAGCGGCUAACAUCGUGAUCCAGACAGAGCCGGCGGUGGCCAGUGUCCCCAGCAGUGUGUGUCGCUACAGCAGCACAGAGCAUGAGAGUAGGAAGAGGCCCCUGGGGCCCACAGAGGGUCCACCACCCAAAAAACCCUGGAUGGACAAGCCCAACUACCAGGCCAACAACCAGCUCAACUUCCCCAACAAGCCCCAACACGGGGGCUUCCCCAAGAAGAAUCACUACGUCAACACUAAGCUUGAAGUUCGCAAAAUCCCCCGAGAUCUCAACAACAUCACCAAAUUGAAUGAGCACUUUAGCAAGUUUGGUACCAUCGUAAACAUUCAGGUGGUAUUUGGUGGCGACCCCGAGGCAGCGCUGAUCCAGUACACAGCCAACGAGGAGGCACGGCAGGCCAUCUCCAGCACUGAGGCGGUGCUCAACAACCGCUUCAUCCGUGUGUACUGGCACCGUGAGGCCAACACCCAGCAGGGACAGGGCAUGGGUCAGGGCCAGGGGGACGGACACGGACAGAGCUCUGCCAUGGGGCAGCAGCACCCCAACGUUCAUAAGCAGGUGAUCAAGCAACACAAUCCCGGGGCCUAUGUGCUGAAUAAUAAGACGGUGUCCAAACAUGGCCUUGGUGUUGGGGCUGUGGCUGGAGGCAAACUGGACGUCCUGCACCCCAGCGCAGACCCUGCAGCGGCACUCUUCUCUACUUCUGUGGCCCUUCAGAAGGGGCCCUACAGCUCCACAGUCCACAAGGGAGUGUCCAAGUCACUUGGUAAAACUGCCAAAGCACUUGAAGCACAGGAGAUCUUGAAAAAGAAGCAGGAGACAUUGAAGUUGCAGCAGGACAUGAGGAAAAAGAAGCAGGAGAUGCUGGAGAAGCAGAUUGAAUGUCAAAAGGCUCUGAUCAACAGACUUGAAAAGAACAGGGCCACAUUAAAGCCAGAGGAGAGGGCCAACAUUAUGAAGACUCUGAAGGAUCUGACCGACAAGAUCUCCCAGCUUCAGAACGAGAUGAACCCAGCCUCCCAUUCCACAGCCAACACGGCUCAGUCCAAGACGAAGACAGAUGCACAAAAGGAGCUUCUGGAUGCAGAGCUUGAUUUCCACAAGAAGAUGAGUUCUGGAGAGGACACAACCGACCUGAAGAGGAGACUGGGUCAGCUGCAGGUUGAGGCCACCCGGUUGGGCCUGAUACCAACCGGGCGUGGGAAGGUGGGCGACGCAGUUGGUGUCAGGGGCAGGGGCCGAGGAAGGGGCAGGGGACGGGGACACAGAGGAGGGGGCAGAGGAGGGGGCAAUCACAUGGUGGUGGACCACAGGCCCCGAGCCAUCGCUAUCCUGGGAGUCACACAGGAAGAGAAGGAGGAGCUGAUGCCUCACUUUGUGAAAUUUGGUGAGAUAGAGGAGCUCCGUGAUCAGGACGCUACCAGUGUUGUCAUGACGUUCAAGACCCGGAGCGACGCAGAGAAUGCUGCAAACCAAGGAGCAAAGUUCAAAGGUCGCGUUCUACAGAUUUCAUGGUUCAAGCCGAAGACACCAUCUGUAUCCACAGAACCUGAGGAGGAGGACUCAAAGGAAGAGGUCAAUGCGGAGGAAGUCAGCCCCUACCUGCUUAUGGAGGAAGAGGAGGAAGACGACGAUGAGGAUGACGAGUAUGAGAGUCGUUCAUGGAGGCGAUGAAGGCAAUACGAACGUCACACUUUUACGUGGGAAAGACUUUGAUAUAUUUUUUAAACUAAUUCAAGCUGAUUUGAUGGAAAUCACUUCUUUAGGUUUUUUUUAGACCAGCUUCCAGUAUUUUGAGACUGAAGAAAUAAGGACUAAUUUGAGACAAAGUCUAUACUUUAAUGAUGCGUGUGAAGCUUGAAAGGGCAGACUGUUUUCUCUUGAAACAUCUGAAUAAUUAUUAAAAUCUCACUUUUGCUGAGAUAAAUCUAAACCGUUAUAAAUAAAUGUUUCGAUGUGGUUACCAGAUAAUAUCAGUACAACAUUUAUGACUACUGUGAAUAGGUAUUUUUAUAAAUAUUUAAGCAAUGAUUUCAUCCUCUCUUAUUUGGCUGAUAUUGUCUAUGAUUACGAGGCUCAAGGUCCAGGGAUGGCUACGCUGUCACAGCUACGUUUACAGAAGGCAUCAGCGUCCCCUGUUGAAAUGUAAAUUAGAUACAGCCACCAUCUUGGAUUCAAAGAGAGACACUUGAUAUUCCACUGAGUAUUUUGUUGUCGACUAAAUGUGUGGUGCCACUUUAUGCACAUAUGAACACCAAGACUAAUGUUACGCACUUUUGAGAUGGUGUUUAACAACUCUAUUUUUUUUCUUUUUCUGAGUCAUCUCUUCUGUCAUCUGAGACCAAAGACAUCUUUGGAUGAGGAUCUAGUCAUCUAUUGUCAAACUUGUUGGAGAUCUGUAGACAAUGGUGUUUGAAUGUAUACUGAGCAUUUGGUUUUAUAUAUAAUUUUGCCUUACAUAAUCAGAAGGCUGCAUUUUUACGAGAUGUUAUUUUUCUGCAAUAGGAAUUACUUUGUUGAUAUUUUUUCAGUUUGUCAUUUGAAUGAAUGUUGAAAUUGUGUCGGGAAAAGAGGUCCCAUUUUAUUUUCAAGCAAGAGUACUUAAUGUCCCUACUUGAGGUAGGUUUGUGUUAAACCAACCCUUGUGGUGUCACUUCACAUAACACAUUCUUACCAGCUCAUGUCUGCCAGGAUUUAGCCGCAUGGUUUUGAGAGCUGACAAGUAAACCAGCCAUUUGUAACAGGUUUCUCCAUGCACAGUUUCUGAUCUUAUUUUACAGUAGCAAUAUUCGGCAGCAGUUUAAUCCAUUCGAUGUGAGGCACUUAGUGUAAAUGAGUGAGGACUCCCUGCAAGUCAAGAAGCAUUGUGUUGAUGGCUCAAAUGAGCAAAGUAACAUCCUCUUUUGAAUGUGUAUACUUGAUGAAAAAACGUGUGUAUUAUUUGUCCUUACAUACUGUAUUUACAUUUUGUCAGGAGAGGAAAAAAUGAAUUCUGUAUAGCUGCUGCUGAACUAUAGAUAUUGAACUCUAGAGCAUGUUCUUUCAUAUUUGGCCAGGGUCUCUCUCUAACUCGAGACUAGACCAUUUAAUUCAACAACAACAAAAAAUGUAUGUUGCUGUAGCACCUACCAGAUUUUGAUCCCUGUUCAUUUUACAGUCCCAUUGAAAGAGUUCGAUUAGAGAAAUGUGGAAAGUAGGAGGCUUACUCUUGGACUCCUAGGCUUUGCCUCAUCUCCGUCAGUGAGGCUUGGCAUUACCAUCUAACACAUCAGCAUGAUACUUAUAUCACGUGGCAACAUAUUUACUUUUGGAAAUAAAUAAAAUGCCCAUUCAAAUGUGAGAAAGGGAUGACCAUAAGACCAGAAGGAAAAGGCUAGAGAAGAUCUUUUUCAUUGCACAGUACCCUCACUUGUUUGCUAUGUGCUUUUAUGAACAGUCCUUUUCUUGAAAAUGUCAGUAAAGGACAGAUGUCAAAGGACUUACAUGUCAAAGUGGGAUUUCAGAAAUUGCUUUGAGAAACUUCACUUGUUUAUACUGCCAUGUGGAUGCUAUUCUGACAUCAUAGUGUAAAAUGGCACCCAUUUAUUGGAAGAAUCAUUGUGGGAUUUGUUACUGUUUAUAUUUGCGGGAUGUGGCUGUAUUUUUGAUUUAUUCUGUUUGUAAAAUGGAUUUCUAACUCACUAGCAUGUUUGCUUUUACCAAUAAAGAUGGAGGAAUGGGGUGCUUGGAAGAGGAACAAAAUAUAAACAAUUUGAAUUAGACACAAGCAACAACAGCAAAAAAAGAUCAAAGAAAUACAUUCAAAUUUCUACCUGGGUGGGAGAACAUUCCAAAAGAAUAUUACCUUCAAA